GUUUCAUGGUAUACAUAUCCAAGCAGUCGGUGCAACCCCUUUCCGAUUCAGAUUUAACGGACGGAAAAGGGCUAACCUUAGGAACUAAUGAAAGGAUUUUCCACACUGCACUAUUGGUAUGAGUAGGCUUCCUAGACAGCCAGGACGUUUAAGUCUAUAUAAGGUUAAUGUUCGUAGUAUAUGAACGGUAAAGCGGGAAGUCAAAGUGUAAUAACUAAAACUUGUAACUUGAAUACCUGUUUAACAAGGGUUUCUGUUACAGAAUUUCGAUAUAAAAUGGAUCAUGUCGACCAAUAUACGGUACAUGCUAGCUCUCCAAAUCUCUCAGGGGGACGAAUCGAGGGUUUGGUCGCACCCGUAAUGCGGGUAAACUUAGAGAAAACUCGUACCCAUAGUUUUUCUUUGGAUCACCCUUACUGUACCAUAGUUAAUGCAAAUCUUCGAUAUCGUUACUAUCAUUAAUUCAUAAUAAAUGACAAAUUAGUCUAACUAAUCAUCCUGGGGCUAAUGGGUGACCACCAUUGGCGUGUAAGCCAUCAGCCGAGUUGACUGGUCU